AUGGCUGAACAUGUCAUCGAACAACUAGCCGCUCACCGAGAACGACACGGCACUUCGCCACGACCUCUGCUCGUUGGCCUCCAAGGCCCUCAAGGCAGCGGCAAGACGUUUCUCAGCGGCAAACUGCGCGAUGCUCUCUCAGCGGCUCCACGCAAUCUUGCGGUUGCGGUUUUGUCCGUCGACGAUCUUUACCUUCCGCAUGCCGACCUCGUCGCUCUCGCCCGCGCUCAUCCCGACAACGCGCUUCUCCGGGGGCGUGGGCAGCCCGGUACGCACGACGUUACGCUGGGCACGAAGAUCCUCCAUGAGUUGCGCGACAUCAACCUGCCGGGCGCCAAGCCUGUCGUGCUGCCGAUCUUCGAUAAGAGCUUGCACGGUGGUGAAGGCGAUCGACUGGCAGAAGGAGCGAUAGUUCAUCCCCCUUUAGACGUGGUCAUCCUGGAGGGGUGGUUCAUCGGGUUCUGUCCAAUCACCGACGAGGAAAUACUGAAGAGGUACAAUCUGCCUGUGACUGGCCUAGCGGAGAAUUUCCUGGCAUCGAGAUCAUACCGGAUCGAGCAUAUCCGCGACAUCAACGAGAGACUUCGUCCGUACGUCGCUUGGUGGUCGUUGCUGGACAUCUUUAUUCAGAUAUCUCCCUUACCGUCGACGCCAUACACUCAUAUAUACAAAUGGCGAUUGCAACAAGAGCAUGCGAUGAAGUCCCGCAACGGUGGCAAAGGCAUGUCUGACGAACAAAUCGAAGCAUUCGUCGACCGUUACAUUCCCGGCUACGUCUUCUUCUCCGACGGCGUAACGAACGGCAUGCUGCUCCCAGACGGCUCUCGACAGCCGCCUCCGUGGAAGGGCCGGGGCUUGCGCAUCACGAUCGGUGAGACGAGGGAACUCGUGAAUGUGGAGAAGUUUUAG